AUGCAAAGUGGUGUGGGUAACAUUACAACUCCCACGUCGCCGCAACAACUUGUUGUAGAAGCUCCUGCUGAACUCCUGGAAACCUGUGGAGUGCAGUAUCCUGCGGCGGCUGAUGUGAAUGAGGGCGAGGUUGUGGAUUCCAAAGCCCUUUCUGCAGCCCCCGGGGAACGUGACGUCUUGGGAUGUGGACCCACACUGCUGUCACUUUUAUACAGCACCCAAAAGAAGGACGAAGUAGGGCAUCGCGCAGUAACGCCAAUGUUGUGGGAGUGCAACGGAGCUCAAGAAAGAUGCCACUCAUCGAAACGGGACUUUACAACAUGUGUGAAGGCGCGGAAGUCCCCUCCUCCGGGCUCUGCAACGGGGUCUGGAACUGGGGCCAUUAGGGAUGUUCUCAGACCGUAUAGAGAGUCACACAGUAAACGGUUUCGUGCGAAGGUAGUGGAUUGCCGCGCGGCUCUUUCAGUAGACGACCAAAUCAUCACCCUCAAAAACGAGAACGCUAAAUAUAAGGCUCAGUUACUCACCAAAGAUGUGCAGCUGAAGGAGCUUGAGGCAGCACUUCGUGCGUUUCGAGCGCCGAGGGUUCCGGUUCCCUCGGGCGUGACAGAACCUGCUGAAGUAGGGGGGUGUUAUAAUGGCACGGACACUGAGGUGGCGCGUCUUACCAGAGAAAAUGGUGAGGUGUGGAGGCGGCUGCAGCAAUCACAUGCCCAGUUGGCAGUCUGGAAAAGGGAUGCACGGGUUUCGAAGUUGCAGGAGUUGAAGAUGGAGUUGGCUGUUUAUCAGGCCGAAGUGGCUCGCCUCGCGGCUGAGGUUCCAUCUAGUGGCGGCGCUGGAGGUGCACAAAAUCACCCAGCUAGGUCGAAGUUACAGAGAGAAGCGGAGACUUCACGGGCAAAGGAUCUCUUUAUCGCUGAGCUAAAGGAAAGAGCGUCUGAGAACGCUACAGCACUGCGAAAAUGCAUGGACGACGCUAUGCGCACAAAAAGUACCCUUGAGCAGGUCCGGGAGGAGAAUGAGUUGAUAUCUAAGGAGUUGUGCUUGUUCAGAAAAACGGCCUUAGCUCUGACACGGGUGCAGGAGGAACUGAGGGCCACCCAGUGUGAGCUGGCUGAGGCUCGAGAGCGGCUUCAAGCCUUCGAACAGAUGAUGCACACGGUGGGAGGUCCUGAGGAGGUAAAGGCUGUGGUUAAGGAACGUGAUGCCCUUUUGACCCUGUUAAAGCAGCAUAAUGCACGCGAAGCGGCAUAUCACCAGGAGUUUUUCACCCGCCAGCGCGAAAUGAAGGAGUCUAUGGAGCGGUGCCUUCAGGAAGCUGUUCAACAAGAACGAGCACUGGCUCAGGAUAGAGAGAUGCAGCUUCGACGCUCUUGCUUGAUGUGGAAAGAAAGGUGCGAGCGACUGCUUCCAGACAAGUUGUUCGAACAGGGACGUCUUAUAGAGGGUGGUGGAACCGUUGUAGAAGAUGAGGAACAGCAGACCGAGUUACACCAACUACCCAAGAAAAUAGUAACCCCUUUCAUGGAUAAUUCACAGAGGCAGCGGUUGCUUACAAAGCAUAUUGACGAUGUUCUAAUCGUCCGGCAAGUCUCGUCGACGAGCACGCCGGCCAGUUCGUCAACCACUCUCUCCCCCGUGUCGGGUCUCUCGAAAUUGUCCAUAACCGACACUACCCAGAGCCAAAGUAGCUCUCAUGGCAUGCAAAUCAGCCACCCAGGGAACGAAGACGCAUCUUCGCCUGUGAAGGGAAAUGUAAUGUCUUCACAGAAAGGGAGCUCUGGCGACGCUCCCGUUCCACCCACAGAGAGAACCGAUCCCGACGGUGGCGCCGUUAGCUAUCCAGCAAGCUCCGCCGUAAUAUCUGCAGAGCGGACUUCACUGGUUGAGAACAGCAAGGGCGAUAUCGUCACGUCGAUUUCAACAGAGGAGGGUGCGGUUCAACUGCCUAGAGGACUGAUGACCGCUGGUGUUGAUUCUAGUGAUGAUUCAGGCAGCGAGUUGAGCGACCUUGCUGUGGGAAUAGAGGAGGGCAAAACCCCAUCAUUUCGACUGCAUGGCAAUAGCGAUGGGCAAUUAAUCCCUGAAGUUGUCUCCAGGAUGCCCUUAACUCUGCGCACGGUGAGCAGCGAUGGCGUAGCUGCAGUUCUUACAGUUGCUUCACCACCUCCAAGAGUUUCUGUGCCACCGGCACCUGUCCCACGAGAAUCUGCAGGAUCUAUUGCUUCAUCUGAGAAUAAACUCUCUGAUGUGAAUGUUGCCGUGCCACCUCCAAGAGUUUCUGUGCCACCGGCACCUGUCCCACGAGAAUCUGCAGGAUCUAUUGCUUCAUCUGAGAAUGAGCUCUCUGAUGUGAAUGUUGCCGUGCCACCUCCGAGAGUUUCUGUGCCACCGGCACCUGUCCCACGAGAAUCUGCAGGAUCUAUUGCUUCAUCUGAGAAUGAGCUCUCUGAUGUGAAUGUUGCCGUGCCACCUCCAAGAGUUUCUGUGCCACCGGCACCUGUCCCACGAGAAUCUGCAGGAUCUAUUGCUUCAUCUGAGAAUGAGCUCUCUGAUGUGAAUGUUGCCGUGCCACCUCCGAGAGUUUCUGUGCCACCGGCACCUGUCCCACGAGAAUCUGCAGGAUCUAUUGCUUCAUCUGAGAAUAAACUCUCUGAUGUGAAUGUUGCCGUGCCACCUCCAAGAGUUUCUGUGCCACCGGCACCUGUCCCACGAGAAUCUGCAGGAUCUAUUGCUUCAUCUGAGAAUGAGCUCUCUGAUGUGAAUGUUGCCGUGCCACCUCCAAGAGUUUCUGUGCCACCGGCACCUGUCCCACGAGAAUCUGCAGGAUCUAUUGCUUCAUCUGAGAAUAAACUCUCUGAUGUGAAUGUUGCCGUGCCACCUCCAAGAGUUUCUGUGCCACCGGCACCUGUCCCACGAGAAUCUGCAGGAUCUAUUGCUUCAUCUGAGAAUAAACUCUCUGAUGUGAAUGUUGCCGUGCCACCUCCAAGAGUUUCUGUGCCACCGGCACCUGUCCCACGAGAAUCUGCAGGAUCUAUUGCUUCAUCUGAGAAUGAGCUCUCUGAUGUGAAUGUUGCCGUGCCACCUCCAAGAGUUUCUGUGCCACCGGCACCUGUCCCACGAGAAUCUGCAGGAUCUAUUGCUUCAUCUGAGAAUGAGCUCUCUGAUGUGAAUGUUGCCGUGCCACCUCCGAGAGUUUCUGUGCCACCGGCACCUGUCCCACGAGAAUCUGCAGGAUCUAUUGCUUCAUCUGAGAAUAAACUCUCUGAUGUGAAUGUUGCCGUGCCACCUCCGAGAGUUUCUGUGCCACCGGCACCUGUCCCACGAGAAUCUGCAGGAUCUAUUGCUUCAUCUGAGAAUAAACUCUCUGAUGUGAAUGUUGCCGUGCCACCUCCGAGAGUUUCUGUGCCACCGGCACCUGUCCCACGAGAAUCUGCAGGAUCUAUUGCUUCAUCUGAGAAUAAACUCUCUGAUGUGAAUGUUGCCGUGCCACCUCCAAGAGUUUCUGUGCCACCGGCACCUGUCCCACGAGAAUCUGCAGGAUCUAUUGCUUCAUCUGAGAAUGAGCUCUCUGAUGUGAAUGUUGCCGUGCCACCUCCAAGAGUUUCUGUGCCACCGGCACCUGUCCCACGAGAAUCUGCAGGAUCUAUUGCUUCAUCUGAGAAUGAGCUCUCUGAUGUGAAUGUUGCCGUGCCACCUCCAAGAGUUUCUGUGCCACCGGCACCUGUCCCACGAGAAUCUGCAGGAUCUAUUGCUUCAUCUGAGAAUAAACUCUCUGAUGUGAAUGUUGCCGUGCCACCUCCGAGAGUUUCUGUGCCACCGGCACCAGUUCCGUGA